UUAUAAAAAGAGAGUGAUGGUGUAUGUCAGUAACUCAGUUUUUUGUAAAAGUUGUUCUCCAAAACUCAUUUUUUGUCAAAGUUGUUGUCUCUCCUUUUGUUGCAAUGGCUGCUACCAAUGAAGUGAUUGUGGCAAUGGUGCCAUUUCCUGAUUACAGCCAUAUAAAUAACCUCUUUGAUCUUGCUCGUUACAUGGCGUCCCAUAAUAUACCAGUACACUUCCUCUGUUUUGCUGAUGUGAACAAAGACUUGAAACUACGCUUUCAAGGUGGCUUCAACAUCCAUUUCAAUGACCUCUUGAGACCUUCUUCUCCGAUAGAAAAAGAAGAUCGCUAUGGAGUGCCUCCGAUUCUAAUGUAUCUGGAAAAACUCAAGGAGCCUAUUUACGAAAUAUGCGUUGAACUCUCCACCAAAGCAAAGAGAUUAGUCAUAAUUCAUGACCUUAUAAUGAGUGAACCAAUAUUAGAUGUCCAUACAUUGUUGAAUGUCAAGUCUUAUAUCUUCCAAACUGGGUCGACUUUUAACAGAUACUCUGCCCUCAAACAAACUAUUCCGGACAUAAUUGAUGAUGACUAUGAUCAUGAAAAACUCGUCAAGCAAAUGCAGGAUGAGUUUCCAUUGUUGGAGCCACAUGAGAAAUUUCGCUUUAAAAUGGAGCUUGAAUUGAAGCACCAAUCCGGAGAAAUCAUAAACUCGUGUAAAGAAGUGGAAGGUAGGUACCCAGAGUUACUUGCCAAUGCAAAAGAAAAGCCAAUAUGGGCUUUUGGUCCAUUUCAUAUGUUGCUAGAUUCUUCGUCUAGCAACAACAUGACUCGUAGUCUAGAAUUAUUUCUCGACAAGCAAGAUGAUAACUCAGUAAUAUUCGUUUCAUUUGGAUCGACUACUACAUUAUCACAAGAGCAAGUGAAUGAGCUCGCUCGGGGUUUAGAACAAAGCAAUCAUAGAUUUAUAUGGGUACUAAGAAAAGGAGAUAAUGUGGAGAAACUUAAAGAGAAAUUAGACGGAAAGAUUGAAUUACCAGAAGGGUUUGAAGAGAGAGUGGAAGGAAGAGGAAUGGUGGUAAAUUGGGCACCACAGUUGGAAAUCUUGGGGCAUUCAUCUACGGGUGGGUUUUUGAGUCAUUGUGGAUGGAAUUCUUGUAUUGAGAGCAUUAGUAUGGGAGUGCCUCUAGCAACUUGGCCAAUUAGUUACGAUCAUCCAUUUAACUCUAUAUUAGUAACCAAUUUGUUGAAGAUUGGAAUAUCUGUCAAGAGUUGGUCUCACCGGGAUGAAUUGGUAACAGCAUCAACCAUUGAGAAAGCUGUCAAGACAUUGAUGGGUACGAUACAAGGGGAUGAGAUGAGGCAAAGGGCGGUGGAAUUGAGCGAAAAGAUCAAAAGCUCUGCUAGCCGUGGAGGACUUGCACGUAAGGAAAUGGAAUCUUUCAUAUCACAUAUUAUUAAAUAACCUCACAAGGAGUAUCUUUGCUAAGAAGAAAGCCACCAUUUUUAUGGUUCUGCUCUACUUUUUCUAUCUUAUCUUUGUUGUUAAAUAAAAGAUUAGUCAUCUUGCAACCUUGAGGUGUAUGGAUGGACAAGUAAUGUGAUUUAAAUGGACGGGUCAAUAUGUUUUUGAUAUUAAAUGUUAAUUUGUUUUCUAUUUAUUAUGUCAUUCAUGAUGGAUUCCUUGAUUCUACUCUCAGAAUAAUUGUUGUUUGGAUCCUUCAAAAAUCCCGCCGGGUGUGUAUGUCGUAUCCUUCAAAAGGCGGCAUUUUUUCAGAAUCCGAGGAACAUAGCUCAAUUAUGUAUUUAACUUUGAGGCAAAUUUAUUUGUCUGGAGUUGGUUCUUUCCAUUACUGAGCACAUUUUAGGAGUGAAAUUAAUAAAUGGUACUAACAACUGUCAUGAA